AGCAGCCUAAGACAACCCUGUCUGUUUUGCCCCAUAGUUGCGCACGCGUCGGUUUUGUUGCUAAACAACCAACCCCUCUAUUGACAUUUCAAAGUGUUGGCUAUUCUCUGUAGGACUUCUGUAGAAAAACUAAACACACUGGAAUAAAAAUCCCGCAAUUCCAAAAAUGCCCAGCAGAUGGGGUUAAGAACACACUGAGAGAGGCGCAGCUCAAGUGUCAUCACCUUUACAGGAAAAUGUCAGACGUCCUGAGUAGUAGGCGAGCCAGGGGAUGUCGUUCUGUCAACCUAUAUGAAGAGAUAAGGAAGUGACUUUCAGGCUUUUCAUCAGUCCACACUGUCUAGGCACAUACUUUCUGACGACUAACCUGGGGCUGCAUAGCUUGCAGUGUCAUGACAGGAGUAAACGCGAGAAGAACCUGAGUGGACUAUAAUCUGUGGAUUCAUUUGAACGGCAGCGCUGUUUUCAACAUAGACCAAAGUCAGACGGAAGAUUUCUAUUGACAGUUUGAGAGAUGAGAUGAGGCUCACCCAUGUCAAAUGUGGAUGUCUUAUGGUUUUUGCUUUUCUCUCUCUAACCUGGUUCACCACUUAUAAUGGAAAUGACGAGGGUGAACCCACCUACCACCCUAAGAUGAUCCAGCUGUAUGAACGUCUGCUGGUUGCAGAGUCCAGGGGGGAGCUGGUGUUCAAGGAGCUCAGCAGUCUUCUGACCAGACUGAACCUCACCAAACCAAACAACAACUCCUCCACUAAUAUCACAGGACUGCUGUCCUCCAGACUGCCCAACGCCUACCUCUACCUUCCCCACCUACGGGACCACGCAGACAGCCUGAAUCUUAACGUUGUCCUGGGACAGGGCCGGACUGGAGUGUCCCUGGUAUUGGGGAUCCCUACGGUGAAGCGUCAGAAGCAGAGCUACUUGGUUAGCACCCUGAACUCCCUUCUCUACGACCUUUCACCUUCUGAACGAAAAGAUUCCGUCAUCAUCAUCUUUGUUGCCGAGACGGAUGCAGAAUACGUCAACAGCGUAGCAGAACUCUUACAGAAGAAUUUUCCUAAGGAUGUGCACUCAGGCCUGUUGGAGGUAGUGUCCCCUUCUCAGUACCUCUACCCCAACUUCAGCAGACUCAGGGAAACCUUUGGAGACUCCAAGGAGAGAGUCAAAUGGCGCACAAAGCAGAACUUGGACUACAGCUUCCUGAUGCUGUACGCACAGGAGAAGGGAACAUAUUAUGUACAGUUGGAGGAUGACAUUGUGGCAAAGCCUGGUUACUCUCAGACCAUGAAAACAUACAUCAGAUCACUGGCCUCGGAUGACUGGCUGUUCCUGGAGUUCUCUCAGCUCGGCUUCAUCGGCAAGAUGUUCAGAGCCCGUGAUCUACCAAUGAUAGCAGAGUUCUUUCUAAUGUUCCACAAAGACAAGCCCAUUGAUUGGCUGUUGGACCACAUUCUGUGGGUGAAGGCUUGUAACCCAGAAAAAGAUGAGAAAGACUGCAACCUGCAGAAGGGCCUGCUCAAGCUGAGAUAUAAACCCUCUCUGUUUCAACAUGUAGGCCUUCACUCCUCUCUGCCUGGGAAACUACAGAAAUUAAAAGAUAAGGACUUUGGAAAGGUGCCACUGUUUGCAGCCCACAGUAACCCUCCUGCAGAGCUGAGCAGUAGUCUGAAGCACUACCAGCAGCACACCCUGGAGAGGGCCUAUGAGGGCCAGGACUUCUUCUGGGGCCUGACCCCUACCGCUAAAGACUUCAUCCUGCUCAGCUUCCCACAGCCACGCACUGUCAACGGGUACCUGUUUCGCAGUGGUAACAUCGAGACCAACGAAGACAAGUUUUAUAACACCACCGUGGAGGUGCUCCCUAGUGAUAGCUCAGUGAGAGACAGACUGGUGGGUGGCCAGUCUCCUCAAUAUGAAGGAUCUUAUGGAGGCUUCAUAGUGAUUGGUUCCUUUGUGGAUGGGGUGGCUGAGGGACAGAUAGACGCACAGAUGCAGCCCAUCUCUGCUUUACGUCUUCUGGUACACAGCGACUCUGACGUGUGGGUUCUGCUCAGCGAGAUAUUUAUUAAACUUUGAGGACGGGAAGAGAGGAGAAACCUGAGAGGGCGUACGCUGCUCGCCUAUGACACUCCACACCUGGACCAACAGCGACCUCUAUUGGACAUGGAUAGUCAAUGCAGUUUCUCUAACUAUCUCAGCUGCUGCUGAAUGGACACACUGUGGAUGUUCUCUUCUCUACGCACAUCGGAUACUUUUUCAACACACACACACAGUGUGGAUGUUCUCGACGCACAUUGGAUACUUUUUCAACACACACACUGUGGAUGUUAUCUUCUCUACGCACGUCGGAUACUUUUUCAACCUAUGACUAUAAUGUGAAUCUGGAAGAGAAAGUUUCAGUUCGUGUUCCUAAAUGAGUUUGACAAUCAUUUUGAGCAUUUCUACGUUUGUGGAAGACUUUAUACUGGAAACCAGCUUUCUGCUGUGGCUUUAGUCUCAGUUCUCUAGAGGGAAAACAUGAUUAACGUGUACAGGGCUAUGUUAGAGUAUAACAAAGAGUUCAGCGAGAGAUGAUUUGAUUGAUACACACCGUGAGUAAUGAAUGCAAUGUGUUGUGUGUAUGUGUGUGAGAAAAAGAUGGGGACUGAUGCAAUGAUUGUAUGGCUGUAUUAUUGAGAGUUAGUUACAUUGGUUGUGCAAGUGUGUGUGUGUGUGAG